AGUUUGGACCUUUUCGGCCACCGCUCGCUUCAAUAUGGCCGCCCCCAGGGAGAGACUAGGCAACCGUGAAGGAGCAGAGCGCGGACCCUGAGUCCCUCACACAUGGAUCGCAGCGCGGAGUUCAGGAAAUGGAAGGCGCAGUGUUUGAGCAAAGCGGACCUCAGCCGGAAGGGCAGUGUGGACGAGGAUGUGGUAGAGCUUGUGCAGUUUCUGAACACGCGAGAUCAGUUUUUCACCACUAGCUCCUGCGCUGGCCGCAUCCUACUCCUUGACGGGGGUAUAAAUGGUUUUGAGGUUCAGAAACAAAACUGUGGCUGGCUACUAGUUACACAUAAACCUUGUGAAAAAGAUGAUGUGAUUGUAGCUCUGAAGAAAGCAAAUGGUGAUGCCACUUUGAAAUUUGAACCAUUUAUUCUUCACGUGCAGUGUCAACAAUUGCAGGAUGCACAGAUUCUGCAUUCCGUGGCAAUAGAUUCUGGUUUCAGGAACUCUGGCAUAACAGUGGGAAAGAGAGGAAAAAUUAUGUUGGCUGUCCGGAGUACACAUGGCUUAGAAGUUCCAUUAAGCCAUAAAGGAAAACUGAUGGUGACAGAGGAAUAUAUUGACUUCCUGUUAAAUGUGGCAAAUCAAAAAAUGGAGGAAAACAAGAAAAGAAUUGAGAGGUUUUAUAACUGCCUACAUCAUGCUUUGGAAAGGGAAACUAUGACUAACUUACAUCCCAAGAUCAAAGAGAAAAAUAACUCGUCAUAUACUCAUAAGAAACAAAGAAACCCAGAAAAAGCACAUGCCCAGUGUAUUACUAAAGAAAAUGAUAAAGAACUUGAAAAUGAUGAUGACGAUCUAGGAAUCAAUAUUACCAUCUUCCCUGAAGGCUACUAAGCUUUGGUUCUGACGUGUCUUGAUCAUAACCUUUCUAGUAGGUUUUAUAAAGCUGCUCUUUAUAAGAGUAUUUUAGUUUGUUGAGUGUAACAGCCAUUUAGAAAAAUAAGAUGUAAUUUCUCUACAUUUUAGAGAAACCUAUCUUAUGAAAAUAGAUGUCUUUUUAAAAUAGCUUUGUGUGUUUGCUCAUUGAAUACUGCCUUUUUUAGUCAAAUAGAGAUUUAUUGCAAAAAUAAAAUUGUGAUUUUUUAAUAACUCUCUUUUUAUUUGUUUUAAUGUCUACUUCUGCAAAACAGGAAAACUAAGUACACCUUUUCAAGAAACGCUUAACACCAGAGAUAUUUAAAUAAAAAUUAUAGUAAUAUUUUAUUUGCUUUUAACUUUGAAACCUCCAGCCUUUAAAGGAGGGGUCAAAGUUUGCUUCUGUUGCCAUGGAGUCCAGUAACAAGUUUUUUCCUCCCUUUGGACUUUGUGGAUAAAGAAACUGAUACAUUUUUGUUCAGGACAAAAUAUCUGAACCCUCUCUCCCCAGCAUUUUUCACAAACCAGAGCCUACCACUGACACAGUCUCUGUGAAACACGUGGGCAUAGUUUUUCACUAAGCCUGAUGAGAAGUGACUACUAAGACCAAGCAUCCUAACAGAACGAAUGUGCUAUGAAAAAUUUUAAGGAUCAAAAGCCUUGGGUUUGAAUUCUGACUUCUACAUGGAAGUUAGAGGUCCUUGAGCAAAUCAUUUAAUUUCUUAGGGCUUCUGUUUUCUCUUCUCCAUAAUAGUGAUUCUAUUACCUGCCUUAUUUGUAUAUACCAUAGGAGUGUUGCCAGUAUCAAGUUUUAAAAUGCGAAAGCAUUUACUAAUAGAUCAUUAUACACAUCUACUGUUUUAGGAUAAAAUGAGAAUGAGUUCAUACUGUUUUUUCAGAAUGUACCAAGUCAUAAAAAUAUAUAUUUAAAGGGAAAUUGCUAAUCAUGGAAGUAAUAAAUUAUAAAAAUACUAGAGUGUCAAAUUAUAAAGGUAGUGAAAGUUGAGUUGUGAUUUGGGCAUUUCCUAAUAUUGUUAUAGUUUAUCUAAGUUAACUAUGUGAAUUAGAUUUGCCCCCCAUUUGCUUGUCUUAACAGGUAGCGGUUUGUAUUCUCAUUUUCAAAAUAGGUAGAAUUCGUGGACAUCUGUUGUCCUCUAAAUAAAAUCAGAGGCGGUGUCCAGGCAGCUCUGAAGUUAUUGUAAGGUUUUUUUCUUUUUUUUUUUUCAUUGUUCUGGACUGCUCUCUUUGGGGCCUAUAAAAUAAGAUGUUGAUAUUUACUGACCUAAUUUCUUUUGGUAUUCCCACAAUAUUUAGGACAUCUUCAAACCAUCUUUUGUUUCAUUGUUUGAGAAACGACUUCCCCUGAGUCCUCGAUCUCCUUGCUGUUCUGCAGCAUGUGGUGCUGUUGGCCAUUCUUGCAUUCGUGAUCUGCCCUGUCAGGGGCUUCCUGAAUGCUGUCUUCUGAAUCACCUCGCUGUUUAUGGCAAGUCCUUGGUUCUUUUUCCCUCCAAUACUUGUAGCAGUUUUCAACAUUUAUUGCAUCUUGAAAAAAAUAUAAAAAGAACCCAGGAAUCUCCAGGGAGGGACACUAGGUAUUAUAUAUACAUACAUACAUAUAUAUAUAUAUAUGUGUGUGUGUGUAUGUAUAUACUCAGAAGUGGUUUUAAUUGUAAACCAAAGGGUAAUAACUUUGUAGGCAUUACCAGAUGUCUGUCUUUGGCCCUCAUUUUGCAUUUCUUCAUCCCAGCCAUCACAUUAAUUCCAGUAGACUUAACCCAUCAGACGGUGAUUCCCAACUUUCUUGCCCUGACUGGCCUCCUAAGCUUUGGCUAACUGCUGGAUCUCUCCAGUAGAGCUGUUAUUUUCUAAAACUUUUCUCUCUUGUUAGACUUCUCCUUUCCUUUGGCUAGAGAGAGCAGCCCUUGGUUGCGAAUUUUUUUUUUUUGUCUGAGCCCAUUGACACUUUCAGUUUGCUGGCUUUUGCAGUGCCUAGUCUAGGAUAUGUAAGGAGGAAAAACAAAAAACGGGAACUUGCCACUGUGUUGUUCUUCAGAUCCCCCAAAUCCCUGUCUGGUCCACUUUCUUCUCUCUACCUGUCAGAGUCUUAUGUUUGUUUUGUAUACAAUGCUCAGAGUAUUUAGUUGCAGUCAAUAGAAGGAAUAGAGAAAAGUAUGCCUAUUCCAUCUUCCCAGAAUCAGAAGUCUAAUUUUAAGAAAGUACUGAUAAUAUCAAAUACCAAAUUGUUGGGGUACAUUGUUGAGGACACUUUUGCAAAGCCAUUCAGAUAGCCACGGAUUCCUUAUUUCAAUGCUGUACCCCAUCUUCCAGCCUGUAUGCUUUGCUGCUCUCGCUUCAGGCUACUGGAUCCUCUCCAGCCUAAAGGAGAGAAGGAAAUCCCUGGAAGCCUGUAUCCCGUGCCCCCCACCAACCAUACACACACUCAUUGUCUUUCCUGCACCCCCCACUACACGUGCACACACUCCUUGUCUCAUAAGCCAGUAAUGACAAGUGUGGAGCUUCAGACUAUCACUUUGUUGCCCAGAGGAUAGGCCCUGCUGCAGAUCUUCCAAAGCAGAAUCUUAAUCCUAGAGCCUAGGAAUCUUUAUUUUUCAAACAACUCAUCCAAGUUUUUCUGAUAAAAUCAGCCCAGCACUUUUAGAACUCACUGAUAACAGACUUAUUCCUGAAGACAGCAUUUGAGGAGAAAUUGAAGAUUUUCUAAUGAAAAAAAAGGGGGGGGGUCACAUGAACAGAUGUUGCAGUGUACCUGUGCCAUAGAUUUCGUGCGUACACUUUAUAGGAGAGUAAGCAAGAGCUUAGGUAAGCUAUAGUCCUUACCAUUGGGUCUAAGGCAGUGUCCAGGAAACCUUGGCAACUUGUUCAGCUGUGUAAGUUGAACUCUGUACCACUUGGGAGGGAACAUUCCCCUAGACGACAAUGUCAAUGGCGCUCGUUGAAGUUGUGCAGUGCACAUCCUUAUCUACCAACAUAUACAGCAGCCCUUCUGGGAAGGGAGUUUUGUCAGGAAAGGAUACUCAGUGUGAGAAUGCCUGGAGCAUUUCUUCUAGUCUAGUGGACAGAAUAUGGAAAUAUCUGCCUGGCAGUACAGUAAAUGAAAAGAGAAAUGAAUAGUAACAAAAAAAAAAAAGUUAUAAAUAAGAACCAUAGGAAAGACAGUGCAGGUGGAACAAGCCUAUCCUGUGGUGAAGUGACAACACAUUCUACAGUGUUAAAAUCUCUCUAAGAGGCUCAUUGACUCUUCUUCACUCAUUUAAACUGAUCUCCAAAAGAACUAUGUAUUUUAAAGAUUCCAUAAACUGACAUGUGAAUGAGGACCAAGAAGAGAGGGGCUGCUUGCCAAUCUGUUUAUGUAAGGUAACAGAAUUACUUUGGUUAGUAGUGAGGAGAUACCAGGUGCUGGCCAUAAAACUGAGAAGACAUUGAAUCCCAUUCACUCCUUAACAUUCCUUCAUAUACAGUCAUGAGCUAUGUAACAACAUUUCAAUCAAUGAUGGACCAUAUGCCAUAUACCAUAUGGUGGCCCCGUAAGAUUAUAAUGGACCUGAAAAAUUCCUAUUGCUAGUGAUGCGGUCAUUGUAAAGCUGUAGCACAACACAUUACUCACAUGUUUGUGCUGACAGUCAUAUAAAACUGUGGACCAUACAAUUAUGUACAGGGCAUAAUACUUGAUAAUAAAUAUGUUACUGGUUUAUGUAUUUACUAUGCUAUGCUUUUUAUCACUAUUUUAGGGUAUACUCCUUCUACUUAAAAUGUUAACUGUAAAACAGCUUCUGACAGGUCCUUCAGGAAGUACUCCAGAAGAAGGCAUUGUUGUCAUAGAAGAUAACAGCUUCCUGUGUGUUAUUGCUCCUGCAGACCUUCCAGUGGGACAAGAUGUGGAGGAGAAAGACAGUGAUACUGAGGAUUCUGACCCUGUGUAGGCUUAGGCUAAUGUGUGUGUUUAUAUCUUAGUUUUUCACAAAUGGUUUUUCCAAUGUUAAAAAAAAUAGAAAAAAAAAGCUUAUAGAAUAAGGAUAUAAAGAAAUAUUUUCUAUAGCUGUAUAAUGUGUUUGCUUUAAGCCAAGCAUUAUUACAAAAGAGUCAAAAAGUUUUAAGAAAUUAAAGUUUAUAAACCAAAUGUUCAUUGUAAGCUAAGGUUAAUUUAUUCUUGAAGAAAGAAAAAAUGUUUAAUGAAAGGUAGUAUGGCCUAAGUGUACAGUGUUUAUAAAAUUUAUAGAGUAAUACGUUUAUACAGAACAUCCUAGGCCUUCACAUUCACUCACCACUCAUUGACUCACCCAGAGCAACUUCCAGUACUGCAAGCUCCAUUCAUGGCAUGUGCCCUGUACAGGUAUGCUAUUUUUCACCUGUUAUACCAUAUCUUAAUUGUACCUUUUCUAUGUUUAGAUAUGUUUAAGUAGAUAAACACUUAUCAUUGUGUUACAGUUGCCCACAGUAGUCAGCACAUUAACAUGCUGUACGGGUAUCGUACCCUAGAAGCAAUAGGCUCUACCAUGUAGCCCAGCAGUGAUAUUUGCAUGACUAAAUCACCUUACAACCCAUUUCUCAGAACAUGUUUCUAUUGUCAAACAACACACAACUAUUUUAUUUAUGUAUUUUAUUUAUGCCUGAUCAACAAUAUCAAUAACUGAAACACAGCAGUUUAGUAAUAAUUUAAUACACACGAUAACCUACCUAUUGAGAAUGGCUUUGUAUUUGUUUUCAUUGUAGUGGAUCCAUCCAAAAUAAAAGUAAUUUUUUCCUUCCUCCAGGAUAAAGGCAAACAUUUCUUCCUAAGGUCUGGAUUCUCCAUAUCACCUACAAGUUAACUGCUUUUGUGUUCUAAAAGAGAGAGGAAAAAUGAAGUUGUCAAUCUUAUUGAAAAAAAAA